AUGGCCUCUUUCGACACAAAUGUUGACUAUAGUGAAACGCGCUCGGCGGAGGUCAAUGCAAUCGGGUGGGUCUUCACUGGCCUUGCGAUGGCAGCCGUUGCGUUGAAGCUAUUCGCCCGAAUUGACAGCAAACGUUUUGGCUGGGAUGACUUUUUUAUCUUCUUCUCGCUGGUGAGACCAAUGUGCUCUUCGAUAUCUUGCGCAACGACUAAGAUUGUCACUCAUAGGGUCUCAGCAUUAUUGCUACGGCUUGCUGAGCAUGGCAUUGAGAGAUACGAAGAGACGGCCUUUUGGCAGAUCAUCGCAUUUCCAUUUAACAUUGGAGCCUUCAGCUUCCCCAACAUAUCGAUCGCGAUCUUGAUCGUGAAUCUGCUAGACCCAAACCCACUUCGUGCAAGACUUUUAUACGCCAUGGUCACACUCCAGGUUGUGUCUGCCAUGGUCUCCGUUUUCAUCGUCUUUUUCCAAUGUAAUCCCCCCUCCAUGCUGUGGGACUUGUCUGCUGGGGGUACAUGUUGGAGCCCAGAUAUUUUUGAUGGCUUCAACUAUUUUGUCAGCGCGUGGACAACACUGACCGACAUUAUCCUGGCAUUCGUGCCGAUUGUUGCGUUCUGCAAACUACAAAUGCCAGUCUCGACAAAGGCGAGUGUUUGCAUCAUGAUGGGAUUGACAUUGCUUUCUGCAAUCGUCACCAUCGUCAAAGCAACUUAUUUGAAGCUCUUCACCAAUCAUGCGGAUCCUCUAUUCAAGGUCGUGCCAUUAGUUCUCUGGGGACUCGUCGAGCAAAACGUUGUCAUCAUCGCCGCCUGCAUCCCAACCAUCCGCCCUUUAUUCCGAAAAGUAUUCGGGUCUACGAAAAACUCAUCCGGUCAAGCCACUUCGCGAAGCGGAACUGGCCUUGGCCUCUCGCACUCGCACAGCGCGAAACAGCCUAGCUCUAACGGGGGGCUGUUUGCUGGUGAAAUGCCUCUUGAAGACAUCAAGCCUCAAUGCUAUGAUGCGGAGAGCAGUAGUAGUCAACAAGGCAUUUGGCGAACGAGGGAGGUCAUGGUGGAGAGUGACGAGGAACGAUUUCUGGAAAGCGGCCGGGAAGAGCCUGUUCGAUAG